CAUCUUCGAUACCUAGGCAUGGCUUACGUCCUCUCUCUACUGCCCCAGAGUCCGCUGGGCGCUUCUUACGAUCAGCGAAGUUACGAAAGAUCAUGGUCAUCGUUGGGCAGUACAGGUACUGUUCAUCACCGACGUUCGAGACAGCUAUCCGUCGGCUCCUUGGCCUCUGCAGCCUCGGUAUGUGGUCCAUCCUGGCGCUCGCCCUCGAACCAUGGCACACCGCUCCGAUCAACGUCAUACUCGGACUUUGAGAACGGUACAGAUCCUGCAGCACUCCAUCGUCCAAUUGCUACAAGCAACAUGUCUCGACCCGUGAGCGUGCCACCUGCUGUCCCUCAGCUCGUGCCUCUCGUCACACCCCUACCGUCUCCUGUCGAGUCAGAACCAUUGCUUGGUACGCCAGCUUUAAAGAGCCAACACUCCGCUUUGGAUCUUGUCGACGAGGAAAGAGGAUCUUGGGCUUCAUCCGCCAACUUCGUCACCGCAGUCAAGUCAGCUACCAUGACGGUUGCAAGUGCAAGCAUCGCUCCCAUAUCAAGGUCAGCCAGCAAGAGGUCUGGCCAUCCCAGGCUCUACCGUAGGAGCAGUGGGUUGUUCGAGUCAGAGCCUCGCUUCUCGACUGAUAGUGGUCGUCCAUCCCUGAGCCUUAUCAUCGAUGAUGCUGCCCGCCAGAGAGCAAAGAAACGUAUAGAGAAAAUCGAAGAGUUGAUCAAGACCGAGGAAAGCUACCUUUCGGACCUGAAAGCGCUAAGUAACACUCGUGCCUCGGCUCGCAGCAACAUCACCAACAUGAUUCAGCUCCACACUGAGCUGCUAGAAGACCUGCACCGCGUGAUACCCUUUUCGGAACAUGACCAAGCAAUCACCGAGACAUCGACGCCCAAGCGCAAGCCUUAUCAUGUCAGAUGGCACAGCGAGGACUCUAAACCUGUGCGAAGAACCCCUCUGGGGACCAGUCAUACUGGAUGGUCGAAUCGCUAUUCGCUUGACUCGCACAGAUCUCCAAGCCAGGAACCACUGUCUCUCACCUGCACACCCACCACAGCUGCUGACGUUGGUCGCAUCUUCGCGAAGAAUGUCAGUAUACUUGCCCUGCUCUCAACCUAUCGUGAUGCUGACAGCGCCAAUAGANUCAAGCGGUUCGCAUUGUAUGAAGAGUACAGUGCAAGGUGCGAGUCGAUGCAUGACGAUAUCGAUUUCACUCAGAGAUCAUCCUUCUCCGUCUGGGACUACGACAAAGCUAUCGAGACACUUUCAGCUUCUGUAAACCCUGUCAAAAGCCGAGAAGCAAAUCGCAGAAAGGCGCUCAGCAUCAAAGACUUGCUCAUCAAGCGAAUCACUCGCUACGAGUUGCUCUUCAAGGAUCUAUGUAGAGUCACGCCUUCUUGUGAUGAUCCCACAUCCCAUGCAGUCCUGGACGAUGUCCUUUAUCGCCUGGGCGAGACGUGCCGCAAUGUCGAUGAUGCAAAGGAUAAUCCAGACAAGCUUCGGGUGAUGGAGAACUCCAGGCUGCUUCAAGAUCGACUUUGCUUCUCAGAUAAGGUGAGAAGCGUUCCACUCUGUACAACAACUGUUUCUAAUUUGAGCAAGAUUCCGCGUGAGCUUCUCUUUCAGCGCCUCGGCAGACUGACCCUUUGCGGCACUUUGUACAUCGCCUAUCGGAACAAGACCACUUUCCAGGGAUGUUACAUGAUCUGUGUCUUGUAUGAGUCAUGCCUUCUGCUUGCUCUACCAGAUCGCUCCUCUUCCAAGUACAAGGUCGUACAUGUUGCUGAAGGCCAUAGCGCUCCCAUCGACCUUCAAUCACCACUCACCAGAGAUAUACGCAGUUUCGGCAAAGCUUAUAGCAAAGCUAGAGGCUUUGUUCGCCGACUAUCUGUACAGCGUACGGCAACACUGGGACCGAUGACGGACUGCAACCAGGUCAUUAUCAUGCACACCUCAGCUCCCAAGGACGACUUGAACAACGCCUCCACAUCCUCACUGCCUGGACGUUCAAAGUCACUUCCUACUACCAGCGGCGUACCCAUCUUGGCACCCAUGAGAGCGGAGCGUAUCAAAGUGGAGGCGGGGAUGUUCGACGUGUGGACGAAAGACUCGAUCCCGUAUCCAGGAAUGGGCUCAAGGCGUACCGAGAACAUCUUCAAGGACACGGCCAGUGACCUCCUUCGCAAGCUGAGCAUGGCCAGCAUUGCCAGUAACUUUUCCAGGCGAUCUAUAAGCUAUACGAGCGUCCACCAAAGCCAUCAAGCUCCAGAAAAGCUCGUCAAGGCCAAGCCAGUGCCACGUCCCGACACCCUCAAACCAAAGCGUCCACCUCUUGUCAAUUUCCACAAUGCGCCGGAUGCGUUCUUGCCGGAGGACUUUGAACUGCAAGGGCCUGAUCUGAAGCGUAGCCGUAGGCUGGGGUUGCGAACGUUGACGAUGACAGACCGACCUCGGUCACCCUUCUUCUUUACAGAAAACAAGGCGCCCGAUAUCAAGCGAGCCAAGAGUACGACACAGGCGCGUGCGUCGACAGAGACCGAGGUCAAAGCUGAAACGGUGGAGGAAUCGGGCAGGAAGGACAGCUUGCAACCAUUUCAGAGCAAUGUCGGCAAUACGGUGGCGAACGAGGGAAAGGUCGAGAUGAAAGCUGCAGAGUCUGAAGUGAUGAGAAAGAAGAGACCAAGACUCUUGCGGUAUCUGACCAGCAAGUCUCGGGUCGGUGACGAAUGA